AUGGCUGACGGGCAGCCACCCCCCCAUCCACUACCCCUUGAACAGCAUCAGCCACGUCCUAGUCGACGUCGUGAGAAACCACAAUUAUCAUGCACUUUGUGCCGGCGAAGAAAGCUACGAUGUGAUAGAGGUGAACCGUGUGGAACAUGUGUCCGCCGCGGCCUGGCGUCGUCCUGCGCCUAUGUCAGGUCUAAUGGCCAGGGCCCAGUGACUACUACCACACAACCGGCAGUCAGUAGUAUGACGGACCGCAUCGCCCAAUUGGAGCGGAUGGUGAUUUCUCUGGUUGACAGCAACAAGACCACCGGCGCUUCAGAGUUUGAUAGGAUGCCCUCUCCAGUAAUGACAAUGCUUCCACAAUCCCCUGGCAUGCCAGCGCCACGAGAUGCGACGAACUUCCAAACUCCCCGCCAUUGGGGACAGAUACGAGUAGGUAAUUACGAAACAGCCUACGUACCGAGCACUCACUGGAGCAUCAUUCUUGAGGAGAUUUCGGAGCUGAAGAAUAUGUUUUCUCAUGCAUAUGAUCCAUGUAUUCGCAGCGCCCCUCUAGCGUCUACGUCACCAUCAGACAACGCUGAGUUUGAUAUUCUAUUUGGAAGCCAUAGGGCUUCAAGCAGACAGGAGAUUCUGGCCGCCAUUCCUUCAAAGUCCGUUGUUGAUAAAAUAGUUGCAGGCUAUUUUCUUGACCGACCCAUUGUUUCCAUCGUCUUGCAUGGCCCGACGUUCUUAAUUGAGUAUGAACGUUUUUGGCAAGAUCCAUUGGGAACGCCAAUGGCAUGGAUUGGGCUGCUGUUUGCGGUAAUGUGUCUCGUCUUGUCCCAUAGACCUGAAAUGGUUCCGAUGGUUGCGGAUCAUGGAGACCUUGCAAGAGUAUAUGGGGAAAGGAUUGCACAAUGUCUUCACCUGGGCAAGUAUACGAGGGGCGCCCCAUACACUAUUGAGGCAUUGUUGCUGUACUUACACAUCGAGCUACUUCGAGGAGAGGAUACGCGAAUUGAGCCUUGGAUGAUACUGGGAAUCAUUGUGCGACUCGCAUAUCGUAUGGGCUAUCAUCGCGAUCCUUCACACUUCUCAAAUAUAUCUCCGUUCGAUGGGGAGAUGCGCCGCCGACUAUGGUCUAUGCUUGUUCAACUUGAUAUACAAAUAUCCGGGCAGGUGGGCCUACCUCGCAUGGCCCGAGAAGAUCAAGGGGAUACCAGGGAACCGCGAAAUCUGCUCGAUGAGGAUUUACAUCACGAUAUGCAGGAACUACCUCCUCCGCGACCUGAAGCCGUUCAAACAGAAAUUCAGUAUAGUUUGUCCGAAAGCAAGCUGCUUUCAAUUCGUGGCAGAAUUGAUGAUUGGAAAGAGGCUUUGACGAACCGAAGAAUAAAUGUAGCAGCCGCCGAGGCUGACGUUGCUCGACUGGAUAAGCAAUUAGACGACGCAUACGCGGCAUUACCAGAGCUACUUCGUAUGCGACCGAUGGCAAGGUCCCUGGUCGAUAAUACCGAAACGAUCUUAAGACGUUUCGUCCUGUUUUUGCAUAUUCAAGAGGCCAAGUGUCUAUUUCAGGAUCAUCCUGUCUCUCCCCACUCGAAAUAUGUCGAGGCUGCGUUGCAAAUACUUCAAUGUCAACGAAUAUUGUACGAUGAAACACAGCUUUCCGGUCGCUUAUACAAGGAUCGAUGGAAGCUUAGGCCAUUGCUGAAGGCGUCGUGCUUGAUGGCUACAGCUGUCCUCUGUUCUGAAAUUGAUUCUCUCAAUAACAACGCAUCUCAUAAUGCAUCAGUGCACCAGCCUUAUCAAGACACCGGGGAUAAUACGAACAUUCAAAAUGUCGCAAUGAAUGACCUAACGGCUGGAAAGCGAGCUGAGAUUUUUCAGGCGCUGCAUGGAUCUUGUCUCGUCUGGACUCAUCUGAGUGAAAAUUCUCAAGAGGCUCAAAAAGCCGCGGAAGCCGUCCGUUCUGUACUGAAUAAAAUGCAUCAUGCAGAUAUAAAUCUGUCACCGUCUGUUGAUACUGGAUCAAUCCUAGACAUGACCAUGAACAGUUCUAUGAUAAUUCCGAGCAACAGUGUUGCGGGAAGCUCUUCAGCAAUGAUUCAACUUCUAGACCAGCAAACCAGUGGCCAUGGAGCGAAUAUACCCCACAGCACUUCUUCUCCUCACCUUCCCAAUCAUUUAGCACAUCAUUCAGGGAUCGGCGAAGAAUCUCAGAUGCAAUAUGACCCGCUGUCACCGACUCAAUUGAGUAUGAAUCCACAGCGACUGGACCAGAUGGAAAGAAUGGCCAAGUACUUUCCCAAAAGAUUUGCAUUUCCAUUGUAA